GAUAGUAUUAUUUCUCGAUUGCAAGCGUCCCGUUACGCAGAAUUUGUGGCGUCUUUGUCCAAUAAUAAAUUGCAGUUUUUCGAUGCUGAAAAGUUGGAACCCUCGCCCUUGCGUUCAGAAAUAGAUGGUGUUUCCAGUUUUUCUGUCAGAGACAGUGACUUUUGCUCUGAAUACCAUAGUAUUCUUGCUGUAUGUACAAUGAAUCAACAGCUUCAAGUCUACCGCGUUGUUAAAGCUCGAAUGGAUUUAGUAAACACCAUUAAACUCUCCUCUGUGGCUCUUGAUGUGUUUUGUGUGGAUAAUUUUGCAGUUAUCGCUUCGAGAAAACACUACAUCGGAAUUGAUCUCAAAACAAAGACCUCUCAAGAGAUUGUUGCUCGAACAGGAAGUCUUGCCAGGCCACUUAUUAAUAUCUUUUCUGAGGACGAAUUUCUACUAUCUGGUCCUGGUUCUUUGGGCAUCUUUGUGAAUACUGUCGGACAAUCCAAUCGGCCACCUCUUACCCUUUCUAAUAACCUCCUUGCUCUAUUUUCUCAAAAACAGUUUGUUUUCGCUGUGGAUGACGAAUUUCUUACAAUACAUAGCGUUUCCUUGGGAAAGCAGGUUCAAACUCUAGUUGUUCAGAAUGCGUCUUCUGCUUGUAUGUCAUUGGACAGGAAUGUUAUCUUUAUUGCCUCUCACAAUCCAACCACCGAUACUUCUCAAAUUCAUGUUGUCCAACCAGAAACCUGGGAUUUGGUAGCCAGACGUCUUAUAUCAUCUGGGUGUCUUUCUGAAGCAACUAAUCUCCUUACUAGUGAAUUCACUAAAUUAGUCAAUCUCUGCAAUGAGAGACCAGCUACUAGUGGUUAUGCAAAGAAGAUUUUUAAUACACGUUCGAAAAGAGUGUAUACUCUAAUGGGGCUCUACCUAUUUGAAAAUGGUCAGUUGACCCAAUCUCGGGAGUUUUUUGAAAAGUCUUCUUUAGAUAUUCGAGAGUUACUGAGCCGAUAUGUUGAUUUGCUUCCUCGGGGGUAUGAGUUCACGGCUGAUCCGGCUCUUUACAUCACAGCUUCCUCGAAAGCCAUUCCAGAAUGCGUUCCUUCAAUGAAUGAGGGUCAACCACCCCCUUGCAAUAUUUAUAAUUUAGCAGAAACCACAGGGGUUUCCGUCACUGAGUUUCGUAGAUUCCUUCUCAAUUUCCUUCUUGAAAAUCGACGAGGAAGAAUAUUUGCCCAAUACAGUCAAGUGACUCUUUUAUUUGUUUUCCUUUUGAUUUCCUAA